CGGAAGUCCUCCCGCCCAAGGAGUUUGCAGAGCCCCUGGAUCUGCUUCACCUGCAGAAGAAGGAAGAAGCUGAUUUUUCAAAUGCUGACUUUCUACUCUGAGUGUAAAUUAGUUGGAGGCGGAAGCACUGGCGAUCGCUACAGUAUUACUUCUGAGGCGACACCCCCACUUCCCUACUCUUGCCUUCCAAAAGAAUUUGACAGCCCAGCAAGGAGAUGGAAGAGCCAGAUCUAGCUGAGCCUGAAACGGAAAGUGGAUAUUCUGAUGUCUCUUGGGCAGAGAGCCAUGGAGUCUUCUGGGAGAGGAGAGCGUGGGAAAACCUGGCGGAAGAGUACACCGGCGGCUCAGAGGCCCAGCUUCGGUGCUUUAGGGGAUUCUCCUACCAGGAUGCCAAGGGACCCCGAGAGGUUUGCAGCCGGCUUCAUGCUCUUUGCCGGCAAUGGCUGAAGCCAGAAAGACACACCAAGGCAGAGAUGCUGGACCUGGUGGUGCUGGAGCAGUUCCUGGCCAUCCUUCCUAUGGAGAUGGAGCGCUGGGUGAGGGAGUGCGGGGCAGAGAGCAGCUCCCAGGCCGUGGCCCUGGCAGAAGGAUUCCUCCUCAGCCACGCAGAGGAGCAGAAGCAGGAGGAGGAGAUUAGGAUGGAGUUGGGCAAAAGAACUGCUGCAUUUCCUGAACCAGAGGAGCCUCCACUAGACAUUCAGCAGAGGACAGAGAUGCAAUGGAUCAUGCAGGAGGGUGACAAAGGUGACGAAAUGAACCUCUGGCCUUGUUCAAGGGCUUCUCCUGGCUCAAUGGAGAGGACUGCAAUCCAGCCAGAUCAGGGCCUGGUGGCCUUUGAAGAGGUGGCUGUGCGUUUCUCAGAGGAGGAGUGGGCUCUGCUGGACACUGACCAGAGAUCUCUGCACAGGGACGUCAUUGAGGAGACUUGUGGGAUCAUGGCCUCUCUGGGUGCUAUGAGAAAGGGUGAAUCAAAUGAUGAGAAGGAGAGAAUGCAAACUACAGCAGAACAAGCGGGGGUGCAGAAAUCUGGUUUUCCCGAGAGUGUUGGCUCCCACAAAAUAUCUCUGCUAGAGGAAUGUUGCACAGGAAGAGAAAGCAAUAUAUUCCUUUGCUGGGCAGAAAACCUAACUGGGAUAUCGAGUGCCGGCGUGCCUAUAGGAGAACACGAAACAAAGGAACUAUUUCAAGACUCAGAAUGUGGAAAGACCUUCAAACGGAAGGUAGAUGUUGUUGUCCAUCAAAGAACUGACACGGAGGGCAAGUGUUUCCCAUGCUCUGUUUGCGGAAGGAGCUUCUGUCAAUGCCAAAGCCUUACUGAACACCAAAUGAACCAUGAAGGAAACAAACUGUAUGAAUGUUCAGACUGUGGAAAGAGCUUCGUACCAGACAAUAGAUUAACUUUCUAUAAAACGCCCAAUGUGGGGGAGAAAUUAUAUAAAUGCUUCGAAUGUGAGAAAAGCCUCAGAGGGAGCGAGAUUCUUAUUGAACGGGAGCAAACGCAUGUGAGAGAGGAAUCAUACAAAUAUAACGAGUGUGAGAAAAGCCUCAGAGAGAGCAAGAUUCUUACUGAACGGGAGCGAAUGCAUAUGAGAGAGGAGCCAUACAGAUAUAACGAGUGUGAGAAAAGCCUCAGAGAGAGCGAGAUUCUUACUGAAUGGGAGCAAACACAUGUGAGAGAAGAACCAUACAAAUAUAACAAGUGUGAGAAAAGCCUCAGAGAGAGCGAGAUUCUUACCGAACGGGAGCAAACGCAUAUGAGAGAGGAACCACACAAAUAUAAUGAAUGUGAGAAAAGCCUCAGAGAGAGCGAGAUUCUCACCGAACGGGAGCGAAUGCAUGUGAGAGAGAAACCAUACAAAUAUACCGAGUGUGAGAAAAGCCUCAGAGAGAGCAAGAUUCUUACUGAACAGGAGCAAACGCAUGUGAGAGAGAAACCAUACAAAUAUAACGAGUGUGAGAAAAGCCUCAGAGAGAGUUGUAAACUUGCUGUUGAUACAAGAACUCACUCAGGAGAGGUGUCAUAUAAAUUCACGGGGAAGAGCUUCAUCCAGGAAGACGGCCUCGCUGUUCAUCCAAGAAUCCAUAAGGAAGAAAACCUAUAUAGAUGUUUUGAGUGCGGAAGCGGCAACAUCCUUCCAAACCACCAAAGGACCCACACGGGAGAGAAACUGUACAAGUGUUUGCAGUGUGGGAACAUCUUGACCGAAGCUGGAAUGGCAGGUAAGGUCCCCUCGUUGGCUACUCCCGGCAUGUCGAAAAAGCGCAGAUCAAUAAGUUUAGCCACCAAAAUGGAAAUCAUACGAAGAGUGGAGGCCGGAGAGAGGAAAAGCCGGGUGGCCCAGUCUCUGGGGCUGGCCCAGUCCACUCUGAAGACUAUUUUAAACCAGUCGGACAAGAUCAAGUCCUCCGUGCAAAACUGCAGCGCUGUGACGGUGGGGAUCUUGACGCGCACCCGGCACAGCGUCAUCGAGAAGAUGGAGAGGCUGCUGAGCAUUUGGGUGGAGGAAAUGAGGCAGCACCGCGUGCCCGUCAGCCAACUGGCCAUCCAGCACAAAGCCUUAAGCCUCUUUCACCAGUUAAAGGCCCAGGGACACGGAGGCGCCACGGAAACAUUUGUGGCUUCCCGUGGGUGGUUCCACAAGUUCAAGAAACGGGCCAGAAUUCACAGCGUUCGCUUUAUCGGUGAAGGUCCAAGUGCCGACAUCCAGACAGCUAACUCGUCACCAGGCUCAAAUGUGUAACGGAGUGGUCAUGAUGCCUGCUGAAUUGAAUGUUCAAUGCUGAUUAAAGUGGCUGUUUUGGGAGCUUUUCCCUUCAAAAUC